AUUGCUUGAUAAAGAUGGCGAGAAGACCUGUUAUUCAAGCUCUAGUGCUGUCGUUUUUAUUAGAACAUGUCAGCUGCCUGAAGUGCUCAUCAAACUACCCUCCAUAUUUUACCGGUUACUACAUGGAAGCCAGGGACUGCCCGGGAGCCACCUUAAGAAAUUCAACCCUUAACGAUCAGAAGCUGGUUUGCUGUAUCUUGGAUACUACACUUGUCCCAUCAGUCCCACAAAAUAUCAAUGUGUCUUUUGAAGCGUAUCUUAACUUGGUUGGAGAGACCACAAGGACAAGAGCAUUGUAUCCGUUUUACAUGGAAGCGUUGAAUAUUGCUAACAUGUCAAGUAAACAUAAAAUAGCAGCCUUCACUGCUCAAAUAUUGUAUCAAACAUCAGGAAUGCUAUAUUCAGAGGAAAAUUCCGAUGGAGAGAAGUAUAAAGGAAAAGAAAGCUUGGGAAAUACCAGAGCAUCUGAUGCCCGCAAAUACAUAAGUAGAGGAUUCCUUCCUCUGAUAGGAAAACACAUGUAUCAACUUGUGAAAACUUCACUCGAUAUAGAAAUCACACAAAAGCCAGAAAUGGUUGCGUUGCCAUCUGUUGGAUUUAGGGUCGCGGCAUGGCUUUGGUUGAAUGGUUAUAGCUCAGCUGAUAACAGCAGCUUGCCCACCGGAGAUUUAAGAAAACUCUACAAUGGAACUGAAUACAGCUUUGCGGAGUUAUCCAUGAAAAUUCAGGAAAGUAACAAUGGGAUUGAAAGUCUAUUUAGAUAUUGGAGGCAUGCGCUCAAGGUACUUGAUAUUCCAUGUCCACCGGAAGGGAACGGACCAAGAUGUUCAGUGGACAACAGAAAUGGCCGUUGCAAAUUAGUAAAAAGCUGUAAGGGUGAAUAUUCUGCAAGUGGUUGUCUUACACAGUCGCCUAUCACCUGCUGUCUUGAUUGUCAAAAUGCAAUCGAUUUGGUGUUUGUAUUGGAUUCUUCUGGUAGCGUCAAACCCACAAAUUUUCAAAUUGGACUCCAGUUUAUCAUAAAGGUGUGCCAGUAUUUCGACAUCUCUUACCCUCUUGGCACUCGAGUGGCUGUUAUCACAUACACCAACUCUCCAACGAUAAUAUUUCACUUUAACACCUUCAACAGAAAGCAAGACGUCCUUAAUGCAAUAGCAGCGAUACAAUAUCAAGGUAAUGGCACACGCACUGACUUAGCACUCUCAGAAGCCUACACAAAGCUGUUUGAAAACCCUGAAAAUGGUGUGAGACCCAAAGAAUUAGGUGUGCCAAGAGUGCUUGUUCUUCUCACCGACGGAAAAACUACCUCAGGAACGGACAGCAUCAUCCAGCCCUCUAACUUACUCCGAAAUGAAGGAGUUAACAUCUUUGUGAUAGGGAUCGGCCUAAGUAUAAACAAGGAUGAGUUAGACAUUAUUGCUAGUGAUCCUGACUCUGAUCAUGUGAUUCUUCCCAAGUCCUUUGAAGAGAUAAACACUUUGGUAGAAAACAUUCAAGAAGCCUCAUGCUACGAGCCCGCAUUGCUCGAUGAAGGAAAAGAAGUUGGUUCAAGUGUAAACGAAAAUGCAGUAAGAUAUUUCAAAUACGACUUAUUCAACAAGACGAGAAUCAAAACCCUAUUUCUAAAGACAACACUUGGUCAAGCCGAUAUUGCGGUUUCAACAAGCAACAGGAAUCCCCGAAACAAUCGCAUUAACCUGGGAUCGUGUGAACCGCAUGAAGACAAUAAACUUUCCGAUAUAAGUAGACUCUGGAAAUUAGAAGAGCUUCAAAAAGACACCUUUUGUAAUGCUACCUCUGACGGAGGAUGUACCAAGCCUCGUUUUGUUUCAAAGGAUGAGUUCAUUGAAGAAGGAAUGGUCAUUUAUGUGAAGAUGUGCUCCACCAGAUGGUUUUAUGUUUCGUUAGAAGGAAUCAAUAAGACUAAUACGUUCAAUUUAACGCUGUUCAAGGAUCUUAUUAGGACAAAGGAAAAAUUGAACAUCACAGUAGACACUUCAAGAAAUGACACUACUUUCCCCAUUCCCAAGGGGGUCUACGCAGGAGCAGCUGCAGCAGCCGUAGGAACAGCAGCGACAGUAGCUGCCGUUGUCACAUUGUCAUGCGCAAAGGAAUUUGAAGUCAAAAGUUCAGCCAAAAUCAAAAAGAAAAAAAGGAAAGAAUGCGAGACAGCGACAGACAGAAAUUGUAAUUCAACCGUUAACCAAGGGUUUCAAGAAGAUGACGAAAUACAGCCAAACACCAAAAAUCGGUCCAGUCUUACUCCUUUAAUGGAAAUUGAUGAUCUACAAAGUAAUUCAUGUAGAGGAUCCACAAAGAAAGAAACAGAUGCUGAAGUAACAAAAUCAAAGAAAUUCAAACGCGGUAAUUUUCACAGCACAGGACAAGGAAAAAGCUGCGUUGUCGAAGUGCGAGAAGAACAAAUGAUACAACAGAAUUCGUCAUGCUUAAACGAAGAUCCGCGCACGCGUAAAGUCAGUUUGGUUUCUUCCAUGAUUUAUGAUUUACAAAGGAAAGACACAUUUACAGAGACAACAGAGACAUCAACAUUUCAGAGAAGAGGCACUUCCCAACAAUGGGAUAAAUCGCGAUUGGAAAGACAAGUUACGAGUACGAACGUUUCAGUGUCCGUGUUCCAAUCAAAAUUUAAAGAGGGAAAGAUAUCAUAUGGCCAAGACAAGGUCAGAAAAAUGGGUUUAGAUACGAUGAAACGAAACUGUGACUUAUUAUUAACAGGUAUAGGCGAUACAAGAAAUGCCAAAGCCAAGCAAACGGAUUCUGUUGCACAAAAUAAGUUUAAAGACAAAAGUAAAUGUUCGGAUGAUGACCCUAAAAUUGAUAUCAAUGGAGUUACCGCUGAUGACGGCUCAGUGCAACAUUCGAAAAAGUCAAAACUUAUCCAAGAAAUGGACACAGAGACAGGAACAACCUGUUGUUUUCAGUGGCUACCGUCAUUAUCACACAACAAAGUAAAGAAGUCCACUGAGGCUGAAGACCUUUCCGAAUUGGAAAAAAAUGAAAGACGAGAAACGACGAAAGAUGAAACUGGAGAGCAUAUUCGGAACGGCGAGAAAGAAAAAGUCAGUCUCUUGUCCCGGUUAAAUUCAAAACUUACUAAGCGUAAAAUCUUGGCGGUUAUGUGUCCUUGUUUUACUUAUCUCAUACUAAAAGGUGAAAGUAAGGAAAAAGUAGCAAACGGCGAAAUGAGGCAGGAUGAUAUGCAUCGCCAAGAAAUGAGGGACAGUCGUUUUGAGCGGGAUAUGCAGAUGAGUCAGACGUUUUGCGUAUUAUUAUCACAACUUUUAUUUAUACUUGGAGCUGAUGCCAGAGACGACAAGAUUACUUGUGCGGUUGUGGCCAUCACCAUGAACUACCUUUCUCUUGUGACUCUUUGUUGGCUAAUUGUUCAAGCUCUCUACCUAUUCAACUUUACAAGAGCACGUGAAAGCGAAGAAAAACAGCACAUGAAAAAAAAACUCUAUUUCGGAGGAGCAUGGGGUUUGCCACUUUUUGCUGUAUUUUUUCUUGCCUCCAAGUACGAGACAUACAGCAAGCACCCACAUUGUUGGAUUUCAUUCGCUGAUACUGUAAGCUGGUCAGUAGCGACGCCCAUAAUUACGUUAGGAAUGGUACAAGUCAUACUAAUAAUCUUAUUGGCUAGAGCUUUAGUCACCUAUCGUAAGUCCGAUAAAACGGAGGAAAAUGAGUACAAGAAAAGCAUAAUCAAGUCUGGAAUUCAAACUGUGGUUUGCAUAACCAUCUCAGUUGUUCUAACUUGGCUUCUGGGGUCAUUGUCUUUGAACAUCGAUCGAGAUGUCUAUCACACCUUUUUCUCCAUAUUCAACGCAAUGCAGGGAGUUGCUUUCUUCCUGUUUUACGUUCUCUUAAAUGCAGAAGUCCGCCAACUAAUACUUUCUGCUUGGGAAUGGAAGAACUCUUCUGCAGUAACGCCAUUUGAUGAUCAUGAGGCCAUUGAAAUCGAAGAAGAAAAGGAAAAAGAUAAAAAGAAAGGAAAAAACAAACCAGCGGGCAAAGAAAACAGUGCCCAAGACGGAAAACAAAAGAGACUGGAGAACAAACCAAAUGAGGCUGCUAUGAGUACCAUACAGAUGGUGACCGAAGCAGCCUCCGAGAGUAAAAGUAAGAACAAAGGAAAUUCUUCGGAUACCAAGCCAGAUGUUCAGGGUAAAACACGAAAAUAUGAGGGUAUGGUUUGUGUAACUGUUGAGAGAUCACCAAGAAAGUUGCCCCCUAUAGAGCCAAACAAGAAGACCACUACGACGUCAAAAGCGACAGAGCCAAAACGAAAGGAAAAAUUCGUUGAAGAUCCAGUGCCUAAACAAAAGAUGGCAGAUGCUCCCACUUCACCGAAAAAUAAAAAUCCACGUCCAUCAUCACUGUCUGCUCAGUCAUCACGGACACCGGCUGGGAAAAAACGUGGAGUGAAGUUUGAAAUGAAAGAUGAUCUUCCCGUCGCAGGUGAGUUGUCCCAUGUCGGAAAUGAGGACGUAAGUCAGUGGCCAUAG